AUGGAUGCCAUGUCUUCCAGCAGCCGGCCAGACUCUCCCACCGGGGCAGUGGGCCAGAAGACACCGGAGGAUGCGAGCUCUCCAUCCUCCCCCUCCUCCUCCUCCUCCUUUGAAAACAGCGCAAAGGAGGUGGGUCAAGACACUCCAUUUGUUCCUACAGUCACUGCAAUUUCCUCUACCCCAGACUUUCAGUGGAUGGUGCAGCCAACCAUUAUUACAUCUGCCUCUCCAUCUCUGGGAAACAAACAAGCCAAUGAACUGCAAAGCUCCAGCAAGGCAACACCCAAAGCGGGCGGGAGUAAAGGAAAGACAUCUGUCAGAAAGGGAAAAGCAGAGAAGCUUUCUCCAGAAGAGGAGGAGAAAAAGAGGAUACGGAGGGAGAGGAAUAAAAUGGCUGCAGCGAAGUGUCGCAACAGACGGCGGGAAUUGACAGACACACUGCAAGCUGAGACCGACAAGCUGGAGGAGGAGAAAGCGGCGCUGGAGACCGAAAUAGCCAUCCUCCUCAAAGAAAAAGAACGCCUUGAAUUUAUCCUUGCAACACAUAAACCAGUGUGCCAAAUGUCAGAGGAAAUGGAGACUAUUUUCCCGGAGUCGACAGAAUCUCCCGAGCUCCUCCCGAGUGCAGACGAGGACAGACUUCCAGAGGAUAGCAUCCAAGAGGCUCCUUCACUACAAGACAUGGAUAUACCCAGUGAUCCGUCCACUGCCAUUUCUGGGAACUCAAACAUUCUGCUGUGCUCCAGUGCUGAAAUCAACAUAUGCGAUCUCGAACCAUCGCUGGACCUUAAGGAAGGACUCCUGGACAAUGUGUUACCAAGUCUGGAGGAAAAGAUUCCUAUGGAGACCGCUCGGUCGGUGCCAGACAUUGAUCUGAGCAGCUCUCUCGGUGUGUCGGACUGGGAAACUUUGUACAAGUCUGUUUCUAAUGAUCUGGAGCCUCUCAGCACUCCUGUAGUGACCUCAACUCCCACCUGCAGCAGCUACCUGUCUGUCUUUACAUUUGCAUGUCCUGAGCUGGACUCACUCACCGACGAACUGGAAAACCAUAAAUCUGGUUCAGGCAAAGGAGAGUCUGUAGAUAUUCUCAACUCUCCUACUCUUCUAGCUUUAUAA